AGGACACACCCAACACCAUCCGUGAGCCACUCUAGUGUGGUGCUCCCAUGGAGGAAGUUGCCAAGUGCACUCUGCAACAGAUGAAGCCUAUGAAGUGUGUUACUUUUGAAGGUGCUAACACUGGGAGGAGGUUCUAUGGAUGCCUUGUUCAUGGAGGUGUGAGUUGUGGUGUAGUUCAGUGGGUUGAUCAUGUCUGGUCUGAUGUACUUAAGAACUGCCUCAUCAAGUUGUGGGAAAUGUUCCAUGAGCAAAACUUUGGAAGGAUUCAAGACAAGCAUUCAUAUGAGGAUGAAGUUGCCAAGUUGAAAAAGGAGUAUGAUCAUCUCUGCACUGAGUAUCAUAAAAUGGUUGAUGAUGUUAGCAAGAUGUUUGACUGGCAGGAUGGUGUUGGCAAGAUUGACUACCAGAAAGCAAUGGAUGUUGAGAAAUAUGAGAAGAAGAAGUAAGAGCUAGAGCUGGGGAUGAAGAUGGAGAAAUAUGAGA